CGCUGCUGUGCUAUUUAUAGAUUAACACGCAUGUAUAGGUGACCGGUACACGUAUGUGCACUUACUAGUACAUGUACCUACAGGGCUGUGAAGACGGAUUCAGCGUGAUUACUCAACAUGGCUGAUAACUGGGAGGUGCUGUACUGGCCUUUAGCUGGGAGGGGUGAAUACGUCCGAUUGAUGUUUGUGGAGAAGGGUAUUGAGUUUAAGGACACCGACGAUUGGACAGUUGUACGCGAACAGGUAAAGGAGGGGAAGUUAGGAGGAUUCCCUGUCAUGUUCCCUCCAGUUGUUUGUAACGGAGAUUUCCAUCUCUCCCAAACUCCGACUAUAUGUAAAUACCUAGGGAAGAAGUUUGGGCUGUACCCCGAUAAUGAGGUAGAUGAGUGGCACGCUGAUCAACUCAACGCAACUAUCCACGACUAUAUAGCGGAAGGAAGAUUAGCUUUCCAUGGAAUCAACCAUACCUUGACCUAUUAUAAGCAGACAGAAGAAACUAAACCGUAUAUUGAAAGAUUUAUUACCGAAAGAAUUCCAAAAUGGCUCAAACAUUUUGAGGACGUGCUGAUGGCGAAUAAUGGAGGAAAGGGGUUCCUUUUUGGAGACAAGUUGACCUACGUGGACCUGGGUUUAAUGCAUGCCUUGAGAACUACAGAAUCACAAUUCCCGGACGUCUGGAACAGCGCCGACUAUAUACCAGCUCUCAAGAGUUUCAAGGACAGAAUGUGUUCACGGCCACGUCUGGCUGCUUAUUUAAAGUCGGACAAAUGCCGUCCGUUUGAAGGCAAUAGUAUGAUGUAAAGUGUCUCCGAAAGGCAAUAUUACAAACAUUGAAUUAUAUUUAUUCAUGGUAUUUCACACAAAAAUGAAACAAGGCUUAUCAGGAGCACUAUAUUUAGAACUAGGUAUAGAUAUAUAUGUGUAAUAGAGCUGUAUAUACUCUAAAAUAUACAGAGAACAUUGCCGCAUAUGAUAUCUUGUAAUAACCUUUACCGACACAUUAAAGAUAACACUUUAAUAUACGUCGUAUACAUGUGUUUGCUUCUCAUUCAGUAUAUGUUUAACCUGUUACAUCCAAUCCAGUGGGUCACCACCAAAGAGUACGCAGGAAUAACUUUUUCUGCAACUGUACACUUUGACAAAAACAUAAAGUUGUCGUGUGCCAAGGGAAGACAACUACUCAAUUCUUUGAUUAGUGUUGGCAACCACAGUGGAGGAAUGAACCCACUGACAAGCUGUAAGCUACAUGUAGUUAAAUCUAUGGUCCAGUCACGAAUUCUCUAUGGAUCGGAACUCUGGGCUAAUCCAACACAACAAUCUCGCCAGGAGCUCGACAUUGUACAACGGUAUGCCGCACAGAGGUCCCAGGGUUUCGAGCAAACGUCUCCUUCUUUAGUUACAACGCGCGCCAUCGGGCUAUUAGACAUAUACGCCGAGGUUGAAGGUAGAAAAGUCAUUUUUUCAAUAAGCUCUGUUCGGCAAGUAACAAUUUUGUGUGGAAAAUUCUCUUCACGAUUAGAUUGUGCUCCUUUGUAUUCGGUGCUAUAAUUAUGAAAUCAGAAAGUUUUGUUCACGAUAUAUUCAUCAUUGCGCAAAAAUUCAACAUCGCAUCUUUGUUGCUGGAUUAUGUGUUCGAUGGUGUUUGUCCUUCGCGAACAGCCUGGAAGAAUUUUGGCAGAAAAACAGUCGGAAGUGUUAUACUAUAAAAGCUGGCAAGACGCCAUGGUAUCUUCUGAAAGACUACAGACAUACAAUUCAAUUAAUUGUACUGAAGGUCCUACCUAACCCACUGUGGCUAUUAAGUGUGGAGUACCCGAAAUAUACGUGGAAGCUUGGUGAACUUGUAAAAUUAUCAUACCGUCAUGAAAAAAAUACGAUGAUAUGUAAACUAUGUAAGAAGCAAUCUGUCAAUAUAACGGUUCAUUUUCUAAUCCAGUGUCCGUCACUAUUCAAAAGUCGCGAUACAUUGUUAGAGUUUUUAGUAAACGUUUUAGACGUCUCUGAUUACGUAAAAUUUGAUCACUUACCAGAAGAAAGACAAUGUCAGUUCAUACUGGGAAGUUCAAAUGAUAUUUGCUUGGACCGCGAAAAGUGGGCUUUGAUGAUGAUGAAUGUUGCGGAUCUGGUGCCUGCAAUGAUUUCAGAAAUGAACACACUUCUAUGAUUAUGUAUAUACUUUGUUAUUUUGAUUUGAUUUAAACAAAUGGCAUGAUUGAUGUAAAUCUCUAACCAGAGGAAAUAAAGAAUGUCUGUCUGUC